ACUCCCUCCAUCCAUAAAUAAAUGAAAUAAAUAUUACACAAAAAUAAACCAGUUGUUGUAGCGGUCCAUCCUCUUACUAUUUCAACACACACAAACAGUACUCCAUUACUACUACUUGUACAAUUUCCUUGAGCUCCAUCUUUCCUCUCACUAAAGUUUCAUUUUUAAUUUGUUGUUUUAGGUUUGCAGUAUAUAUUAAUAAGCCCUAAUAUUAAAAAUGGAGAUUGAAACAACCCCACCACCAUUAUCAACCUUUGAUCAUCAUCUAAAUUCAAAUCCAAGAGCAAGCAUGUUUUCUAGUACUCUUAUUAGCCCUGACAUUCAGAACCAUCCGUCUCUUACGGCUAAGCUGUUAGAGUCGGAUGGUGAAUGUCAGAGUCCUACUUCUCCUUCGGAUGCCGCUAUGAAAUUACAAAAGUUUUAUAGAGGAUAUCGUACUCGUCGUUUGUUGGCUGAUUCCGCCGUUGUUGCUGAAGAAUUAUGGUGGCAAGCAAUUGAUUUUGCAAGAUUAAAUCACAGCACAGUUUCUUUCUUCAAUUUUGAAAAGCCAGAAACAGCAGCUUCAAGGUGGAAUAGAAUCUCUUUGAAUGCUUCUAAGGUGGGAAAGGGAUUGUCAUUAGAUUGCAACGCUCAUAAAUUGGCCUUUCAACACUGGAUUGAAGCUAUUGAUCCGCGACACCGUUACGGGCAUAGCUUGCACUUAUAUUAUGAGGAGUGGUGUAAAGCUGAUGCUGGCCAGCCUUUUUUCUACUGGCUGGAUGUUGGUGACGGGAAAGAGGUUGAUCUAAAAGAAUGUCCACAAUCAAAGCUACGCCAACAGUGCAUCAGAUAUCUUGGACCUCAAGAGAGGGAGUAUUAUGAGUAUGUCAUUGUGGAAGGAAAAAUCAUACACUGUCGCACCCAACUUCCGCUUGAUACAAACAAUGGGGAAAAGUGGAUUUUUGUAACGAGUGCCUCUAAUAGACUUUAUGCUGGCGAGAAAAAGAAAGGAAAGUUUCAUCAUUCUAGUUUUCUCGCUGGAGGAGCUACUUUAGCUGCCGGAAGGCUUGACGUAGAGAACGGAACACUCAAGACUAUUUCUCCAUAUAGUGGACACUACCGUCCAACUGAGGAGACCCUGAACGCCUUCUUGACAUUUCUUAGAGAACGUGGUGUUGAUCUCGAAACAGUUGAUAUAAAAAAGGCAAAUGAAGAUUAUGAAAAUUAUGAAGACAAAAACACGAGUAAAGAUGGGACAGAACCCACAAAACCAAUUGCUUCAGAAACCCAUGAUCACGAACCAGAAAAACUUUAUCAGCCAGUAGAAAAGAAUGUAAAUUACAAAAGGAGUCUCUCAGGAGGACUUAAUAGCCCAAAAUCCGACGUGCCAAAGAAAGCAAUACUAGAAAGGAUCAACUCCAAGAAGCUGGUGCGCUCCUACCAAUUAGGACACCAGCUCUCGCUAAAAUGGUCAACCGGGGUCGGGCCUAGAAUCGGUUGUAUUGCAGACUACCCAGUUGAACUGAGGCUACAGGCAUUGCAGUUCACCAACCUUUCCCCAAGAACAACACCUUCACCCAAUUACAAAAAUGGUGGUCUUGGUUGGCCAACGGCUUGUCCAUCACCAAGACCCACUGCUUAAAAUUAAUCUUUAUUGUGUGUAAAUUUUAUGUAUGUGUUUGUAUGCCAUUGAAGUUAAUAAUGUAGUAGUUGGCUUGUUAUCUAUAUCUUAUAAUGUUUUGAUACAUAAUGAUGAUUAUAAUAGAGAGAUUUUAAAAUGA